CCCCCUCCUCCCCCUCUCGCUGGUAAACAAAUGGGUCGAAGGCUGCUCAACUAAUUACUGAUGGACGCCGGAAUUUGACGCUUAUUUCCCUGGUUUCCUCCCUCUCCCACACCCACGAGGCUCCCCGGACGGCCGAGGAGAUGGCAGACACGCUGGUGCAGUCCAACCUGGAGAAAAUAAGCAGCUUCCUGCAGGAUGUGCAGUACCGCUCGCUGAUGAUCAACAGUGCCAACUACAAUGUGCGGCUAAUGAGAGAACGGAAGACUCGGCUCCCCUUCCUUGACUCCCAGACAGGCAUAGCCCAGAACCCAUGCAAGCUGUACAUGAGUGCCCGGCAUCGCAUGCCGGGCACAGCGGAGGGCCAGCUGUAUGUCUACCCCUCCCAGCGCUGGUGUUGUCGCAAGCGCUCAUACAUGGCGCUCGCUCAUCAGCACUGGCUCUUGAAAAAGGCCAUCAAGGAGCCGGAGGGGGACGAGCACACCAUCGUGACUGUGGAGAAUCCGGCAGCCGUCACCACCGAGGAAAAUAACUUUGUCUACGAGACGAAGCACCUCUGCUUACCCCAGGAGCAGUACUACUUUGACGAAUCAGCGUUUCUUGAGGAGGAGGAGGAGGAGCCCGAUGACGAUGACGAUGACACAUACACAACCCGUGCCGUCCCUACCAGAAAGAGGAAAAAGGCCCCCAAGCUGCCCAAGCCCGUCAAAGUAAAGACUCCGAGCGGGCGAGGACGAGGGCGCAAGAAGGACACGACGCCCAAGGUUGUGGUGGAGGGGGAGGAGGAGACGCCGGGGAAGCCUUACGAGUGUCAGCUGUGUGGCGCUCGGUACAAGACGAGGCAGGGCUUGUCCUACCACCUCUCGCACACACACAAGGGGGGCAGGGCUAACUCCGGGGGUGGGCGUUCCCGGGGGGGCGGCAACAGCAACAACAACACCCCCCCAAGUGCCCACCCCAGGGCCGACCCAGCCAGCUACCAGCCCCAGGCCUUCCAGUCUGACGCCCUGGCUGGCCUGGCAGAGUUUCAGGACAAUUACCUUGGCUACCUGUCGGCCGGUCAAGACGCCUCACCCACGGGCCAGGGCGGAUCAGGCACCACAAGCACUGCCAGUAGUCGACGGUCCAGUGGGGGUGGCCCUGGAGGGGGUGGAGGAGUGCCUGUGCUUGGCGGCAAUGGGUCCCCGGUGCCCCCACGGGUGAGCAAGGGACCCACCAACACUGUCUGGUCCAAUCUGGCGAGUGUGGAGUCCUCUCCCUCCCUGGUGAGCGCUGCGCCUGCCCCCAUAAUCCCCCCGGCCCCUGAACCCCAGCUGAGGGAGUCCAGCCCUGCCAGCAUGCCCCUGACCGAGCCGCCGGAACAACAGCCACCAGCAGCGCCGCUCCCCCCUGCAAAGGUCAUCAGCGAGGUGGCCGAGAAGGGACGCGCCCAGCCAAGCCCUUACUGUGACUUCUGCCUUGGGGACACAUCACUUAACAAGAAGACCGGGGAGUCAGAAGAGCUCGUGUCCUGCUCCGACUGCGGCCGUUCGGGACACCCAACCUGCCUCCAGUUCACCGCUCAUAUGAUGAUCUCAGUGAGGCAGUACAGAUGGCAGUGCAUUGAGUGUAAGUGCUGCACCCUCUGCGGCACUUCAGAGAACGACGACCAGCUUCUCUUCUGUGAUGACUGUGACCGAGGCUACCACCUGUACUGCCUGCGACCCCCCCUGCAGGAGCCACCGGAGGGCGAGUGGUCCUGCGACCUCUGCCUGCAACAGUUCCACACCAAGUGAGGCAGCUGGCACUGUGGCCCUGCUGGUGAGGCGCUGCUGCCCCGGACGCUGCUGUGUGUGGAGGACCAGUGUGUGGCCCUCAGCCAGGCCUAGCUAGAGUUAAGUUCUGAUAUUUGCUAUUAAGAAUUAAGGUUCUAAAAGUAUAAGCUUGAUAGUAAUUCAUUUUUUGGUGUGGAAAUGAAUAAUGUUACAAAUAAGAGCUACAUGCACUUAAAAUAUUUCUUUAAAUUAAGAACACCCCUGCAAGACUCCAUAGUCUUUCAAUAUAGUGAUCUGAAUGAGGACCUAGCAGUGAGAGGAGAGAGUUCUGUCUUGAAUGACUGCCUCCUCAGGGUGUGUGUUGUGCUGCUGCCCACAACACAGUCUUCCCUGUGUCUCCCGCGAGACACGCUGUUCACUCAUCGCGGCGGUCUGGUAAACACUAAUUGGCCAUGGUAGUCACUCAGCCAGUCAUUGUGAUCAUGAUCUUGUGGAGCCGCAGAGACGUGUGUGUUCCAUGGUAUUUAUUUAUGUAAAAGUGAGAGCAUUUAUAAGAUUUUAUGGAUAUUUAGAGGGUUACCUAAGAAAUUCAUACAUAUACUGUCAUUUUAUAAAUGUUGAGUUGAUGAAUAUUUGUCACACACCCAGAUGAUUGCAAACCUGUGGCCUUGUGCCAAGCAGGUCACAGACAAGAGGUCCAGUUUUCUCAUUGAUUUGCUCACAACCUUGCCAGCAUCUGGUGCAAUCUUUUGGAUGUGUCGUGGAGAUGCUCUGAAUUGUUUACCUUUUGAUCUGUCUCUCGCACCUCACAAGUAACACACCUCACCUUCUUGUUGCUCCUGGAAGCAUGCUGAGUGUUUCUGGGAGGGUGUGGAGGAGCUGUGUUGGGACUCCACGUGAACUUUGUUUCCACUGGACAGAGCUGAGCAGAUUUUAAGCUUUUCAAUCAUUAUUUUAUAAAGCAGUAUCAGAAAGCUUACAAUGCUCUUGUGAGAGUGACUGAGUAGAUGGGCAUUUGAUGUCAUCUGGCAGUACAGUAUUGCACAUGAUUCAGUAUGACCUUCUCCACGAAGAAGAAAAGGAGGAUAUUUUUUUGUGUGCUGAGAAAAGAGAGUGAAGCUAGUACAAGACGUUAGGGCAAGAAUACCCUUCUGUAUCCAUAAGUUUUCAGUAGUAUUUUUUGGUGCAGUCGUGCAGCAAGAAUUUCUGAAUGAUACAACCAAUGCUUUAGGAUUUUAAAGUGUACAUAUAUAUCCACAAAGGCAUAUUAGAUUGUAGAGUUAUUAGCCAGAGUCUAAGCUCCUAUGUGAAUGACGAAGCCUGGAGUGCUGCGCUUCAAGUAGUGAUAUUGUGAGGACGCUGUCUGUGCUGGGCUGGUGGUGCGGGCGGUGCACAGCUCUUGGCCAGUCUUAGAGGGGAGGAGAGGGCAGCACUCUUUGGUCUGAGAGGAAGAACAAUUUUAAGGAGAAGCUGAAUGGUAUCUUCAACAUUUUAGCUUAAUAUUUUCGUUUGUCGUAACAUUACCGAAAAUUAGAAGUGGCCUUUGUACUGCAAUAGGGAGACGGUGGAACUGCCAAGGAGGAUAUGAUUGUGAUGAUGCUGGAAACUGUGACGUUAUUUACACUAUGAAAAGCAGCACUGAUUCAAGGCAGAAAAUCGGCAAUAGAUUUAGGGUGUUUGUCAAGUUAUGUGAGGUGAAGGUUACUCUCCUGGAAGCAUUACAGAAGUUGGGUUUACAGUCUUCCCUCAAAUAGUAGUUUCCAAUAGUUCGGUUUUGGUUUUAUGCGGAUUUUCAUAGAAGAUCUUUUAAGGAUUUUUAUAUUUCCCGACGAGCAGGAAAUUUAAAAAUCCUUAAAAGAUCUAUGACAAUCCGUAUAAAACCGAACCCAUACUAUUUGAGGGAUGACUAUAUGAUAUUUACAGUCAAUACAUCUACACACGACAUGACUUACGUAACAGUUCUAGUAAUGAUUAUUAAGAACAUAUGCAGGAACAUUCUGUAUAUAACAACACCCAGGACUGUUAAUAUUUACUGACUGAACAGACAUUAUCUCGUAUCUAUUGAUCAUCGCUGGGGUAGCAGAACAGCAAGGGAGGAAUGUGAGGUGUUUCCUGAGAACAUUGUAGUGCGUAGCAACGUGAAAAGUAUUUUGCAUGUCAGGUUUUGAAUGUAGAGUUGACUUUGAAUUUAUGCAUGUUGAUUUUACUUCAGUGAGCCAAGAAUGAACUGCAGUGUAAGAAGAUGCUGCAAAACCCUUCUCUGUACCUGUAAAUAUGGAGAAAUGCUGCUGAUACUGUAUUUAACACACACACACACACACACACACACACACACACACA